AUGUUUGAUACUGUAUUUGUUACAGCCGGGACGAUUAAAGAAGUUGAGACUGAAUUUGGUUGGAGGUACAAAGGAUGUAAGAAGUGUCGUCGUGGCUUGAAAGAACUUGAUAAAAAAUAUUUCUGUCCCAAUUGCAUUAGAGACUACGGGUUCUAUGAGCCAAGGUACAUCAUCCACAUAAGGGUGAUAGACCACACCGAUGCUGGCUCUUUUGUUUUGUUCGAUGGAGAAGCUGCAAAGUUUCUUGGAGUUUCUGCUAAGGACCUUAGGCAGUCUUGUGUGACUAAGGGUGUUGAGAAAAAUUCCUGUCCCGAAGAGAUUAAUAAGCUUAGGGAUAUUAAGUUCAUCUUCAAAGUGCAACUCAAGAUGAGGAAUCUGAACUCUUAUGAACCAUAUGUGAUUCAUGUGCUGAGAAUGACUAAUGAGAAUUCUUUGGUCUCUGCCUUCCUGGAUAAAUACAAUUCCGACACUGUAAUCCCCUCUGUCUAAUAACUUUUUCUUUUGUUUCUGUAUUAGAAAAACAGAUCAACCAGAUUUUGAUGAUGUCUUUUUAUUGAAUCGAUUGUUUUGUAGGGCCUUUUGUCCCAUGAAAAUUCUGAACUAUUGAGUUUGUCUACUGGUCCAUACAACACUUCUAAGGCUUGUGAGAGUGAGCCAACUCCAUCUCCUGCAGUUGAUGAGAAACAUAAUUCUAAGAUUCUCGGAGCUAAGAAACAUAUUGAAGAGAUUGGAGAGGAGUCAGUUUCAUCCAAAUCUAAGAAAGGGAAGUGGGUUGUGGGGGAGGACUAAAUCAACACGCCUCUACACAGUUCGAUUUAAAAUAUAGGAGAAUAAUUUAUUUAAACUAUUAUUUGAAUGAACUAUGGUUGUUUGAGAGUUAUUAGGA